AUGUCAUCAACCAUUACCACAAGAAGUGGAAAGGACACUUCCAUCUUUGACAGUCCCACUUUCGACAAGGACCUCCGUAUUCACGUCAACCAGGCUGUAGGUUCUGCCUCCAUCUCGCCAGGUGGAAGAGAUGUCGUACUGGCCUCUCAGCAGGGCCUGCAUAUCAUAGACCUCGACUCACCCUUCUCUCCUCCGCGUCACCUUCGUCAUCAGACUCCGUGGACCCCCGCUGAUGUACAAUGGUCUCCCUUUGCUUCGCGAUAUUAUUGGGUCGUCAGUACUUCCAAUCAGAGAGCUUUGGUGUGGAACCUCGAACUCGCCAGUCUCCACGCCCCUAUAGAGCACACUUUGCAUGCUCACUCGAGAGCAAUCACUGAUAUCAACUUCUCUCCCUUACAACCUGAUCUACUUGCCACAUGUGCAGUCGAUGCCUUUGUACAUUGCUGGGAUUUGCGCGCAUCCGCAAGACCUGUCAUCAGCUUUUCAGACUGGUUUGCUGGUGCCACACAAGUCAAGUGGAAUCGACGGGACCCUCACAUCGUUGCCUCAUCGCACGACAAGUACCUACAUAUUUGGGAUGACCGCAAAGGUGCAUUGCCUCUCAAGACCAUCGAAGCUCACACGACAAAAAUCUAUGGCAUCGAUUGGAGUCGCACUGAGGAGACCAAGAUUGUCACUUGCUCGCUUGAUCGAACCAUAAAAGUCUGGGACUAUGAGUUUUCCGAAAUAGAGCCCGAGCGGGUUAUCAAUACGCCAUUCCCGGUAUGGCGAGCUAGACACACUCCAUUCGGUGAUGGGGUAUUGGCUAUGCCGCAGAGAGGAGACCAUGACUUGCACAUGUAUGAUUGCCGGCCAUCGAACGUGACCAAUACACCAGCUCUUACAGAGCCGAACUACCGCUUUACGGGCCAUGAAGAACAAGUCAAAGAGUUUCUGUGGCGAGGACGUGGCAAUAUCGACGAGUACUCGGAUGGCCGUGAUUUCCAGUUAGUCUCUUGGGGAGCUGAUCACGAAUUGAUUUUGCACCGCAUGGGAGACAAGCAACUUCAGUCUAUCGGAUUCCACAAAGGCAUGCUCACGGAUAAGCCUCCAAAGCUCACUCGAAUUGGUGCCCCCUACAAAUCUUUCAGGGAUAGACCUACAUACUCCAAUACAGCGGUUGAGAGUACCACACAAGGACCUGAAAUGGUCAAUCCUGGAACCAGUCCUGGAAUGAACAAAGUACCUAUACCUAUCGCAGGCGGUUGGACUGACAGCGGCCAAAUGAUGACCUACUCGGGCAUAGAGACUCGCAAUGUCAGACCGCAAGGCAACGGCCUCAUCUCAUGGAUGAAGGGCGUCAAGUUUGGCAAACGCAAGCCGAGCUCACCAGACAGGUUGACCACGCGAAGACUAUCCAUCAUCGCCGAUCUACACCAUCCGGAUUCUCAUGGCGUACGUGAGAACCUGAGUGACGAGAUCAUCCAUGUGGGCGAGAAGUUCACUCGAGUCACUGUCGAAGAAGCAGACGUGUCAAACAGACAUGUCAAGAUAUCUCUCAAUGGGCCAUGGGCUGCUGCGGAUAAACUAGCUUUCAUGCAACUUUGUAUGGACUUUCCUAUUGACUAUCCAGAGAAAGAUCUCCAGGAAAGUAUUAAUUGGCUAGGUCUCGGCAGUCAUGACGUGGUUGCACCUGGUGAAGAAGCUGAGAGCUCGAGUGACGAAGAAGAUGGCUUGCUGGGCGACUUCGGCGGAAGUGCUGAAUCGCAAACAUUAGGAAUGGAAGGAAGUGUGGGAUCGGGCAUCUUUAGCACCAACGCCAACGUACCUCUACCCAGAACUUGCGGAGCGCUCUGGGCUGCAAACGGUCAACUCGUUUGCUUUAUGCCGCCAAAAGAGGAACCCCGAUCAAUUCUGCACAAGUUCGCGGUAGACGACCGGAGCCGAAAUCGUGGAAGUCGAGAAAUCUUUGAAGGGUUUGGAAGACUUCAUCCUGGCCAGACAGAGUCGAAGGCCAAAAGCAAGCCUAGCGCUGAAACAUUCGAGGCUGAUGAUUCAGACAACAGCUCCGAGUUCUCAAGUUCGAGCUCAUCCUCUGGAUCUGAUGAUCCAGAAAUGUUCCUUCGUCGGUUCCAGCCACCAUCUGCCUGGCAUGGUGGUUCUCUGCGAUUUCCACGACUCAAGGGACUUCGAACACAUUCAACCGAAGGUUCGCUACCGACAAGUAACGGGCUCAACAAGAAAGGUGUCGGUGCUAGAAACAAAGUACGGAUCAAAGUUCUUGAUAUGGAAAGCUUACUGCCAUCAAAGCGAAGUCUUGCUUCAGAGUACCUUAUCUACGGCGAUGGAGAAUCUGUCUGCUCGCACAAUGCUAGGGCCGCUCUUCACCAUGGUUUCACUGAGCUGGCCGAUAUAUGGGAGUUUGUUGGAUUGAUCUUGGCUAAGAAAGUUCCUUUGAGCUUGCUAUCCAUGCCAAGACAAGAUACCGAUAUCCGAGUACUGGCGCGUCGGGUGCUCAUUCCGUCGCAGAGAAACGACAGCGGGCUUGAUCUAUCCUUUGAUGAACCGGAAGCUGUGCUUUACCCACAAGAAACAGCCCUGAUCAAAUGGGGCACUCAUCCAUUCGCUGGAUCUUGGCUCAUCGAUACACUGUUCACAUACUUCGAGAAUCUGGCAGACGUUCAGAUGCUGGGAAUGCUCUCGUGCAUUUUCGCACAAUCCUUGUCUCCAGGUGAUCAACGUCCUACCUAUGAGAAUCUUCCACACAAAGAGACAGCUUUUGGGUUCUAUGAACCGAUCAUUUCUGUCUCCGAUCUGUCUAAUAAACAUCGAAGAUCAGGAGCUGGGCUCACAUCUGCAGGAGAUUCGUUCCACGACAUCCGAGAGCAAGUUGCAAGCGAGCCUGUCACACCCUUCUACAACGACAACACUCCUCCAAUGCCACUGUCAAGAGCUAGCACACAUCGUUCCAGUGCUGCACCUAGUCUGUCAACAUCACCGGAACACCAUCGCACCUCUAUACCAAGCGCAACAAGUUCGUUCGCUGCCUCUGUCCUAGCUCGACCAUUCCAGCUUGCUAGCUCUCCUCCUGUUCGUAAUAGGACCAGUGGAGAAGACCUUUCAUCCUCAAUACCCUCACAAGCGGGCAUCAAUUGGAGUAAGAGCAAGCCUUUUACUCGAAGCGACUCGACCAUCCGCAGGAGUUUCAUAACACAAGGCUUUGGAGAUGACUACGAUGGAUCCACAACCGAGGACGAUGAGUCCCUACCACCACAAUCCCGAGUCAAAAUCAGUCUGAAGAAUCAAGACAUGUUUGAUGACGAAGGAUGUCCAAGCGUGGCUUUCCUCGACCCUAAUCAGUCAAUCAAGUUUGCUGUGUAUCGAGCAGUGUAUGCAAACAUGCUAAGUGCAUGGGGCCUCCAGAUGCAACAGAACGAAGUAGACAAACUCGAUGGACUGUUGUCGAACAUCCUCACGCGGACAAAGUCUAGAGAUCGCGGUUCGCAAUCCACUCUCACACUCGGAGAGGUCGAGGAAGAUGAAGAGGCGUUGAACAGUUUGGGCCCGCAGAUCAUCCGAUGCUGCAUGUCUUGCGGUGAGGUUGACAAUCCAGAACGUCGCGGCGCAGAUCGUAAAUGUGUCAAGUGUGGCGGACGAUCACAUAUGCUCUCCUGUAUCAUCUGCUACCAACCCAUUGCCGGUCUUUACAAGGUGUGCCUUGCAUGCGGUCACGUGGCGCACAUCUCUUGUCUUGCUGUUCUUCUCGAAUCACUCGCCGAAGAUGAAAAGCCAGAAUGUGAAGCAGGCUGUGGAUGUGUUUGUGACGAAAACACGGCGGUAGGGGGCGAAGAGAUGUUCGGCCUGGCUAUGCCUACGACGUUCGAGCAGGAAGUCACGAAGGAGACGGGCUUCCGCAUGUUGCAGCCCGUAGAACAAGCUCUCCGCACAGCCAUCACCACAGCAGUCACCACGGUAAUCACCACAGCUGCCAACGAAGCCGUCACCACAGCCUUCAAGCAAGCCGCCACCACAGCCAUCGAACGAGCCGUCAAGGACUCGGUCAAACCUCUGGAUGAUGCAGUCGACACCAAGAUUGCCAGAGCUUUCAGAAGAGCACAUCUUCAGGCCAGCAUCCACGCACGCCGCACCAUGAUCAGUGAGCGAACUGAAGUGUUUGAGAAGUCGGUGGCGAUCGAUCCUGGUCUGGCUACUUGGCUCGCAAGAAAGAAUACUCUAGAUGCCGAGUACAUUGGUGGUUGGAAUGCAGAUCUGGUUCAGAUGGCAAACGAACAAGGAAGACGUAAGGCACUUCUAGGUGUUGAAACUUAUGUUUCUGCGUCUUUCUGA